AUGGGAAUUCUGCAAAGAUAUCUCCUAAUGCUUCCGGUUUUUAUAUGGAUGUUCUGGUUGCCAAAACUCAGGGCGGUUGAAUUGCCUGGGACUUCGAUAAGGACUGCCCGGGCCUUGGAUGCGCUUCUGCAAGACUAUGCUUAUAGGGCAUUUUCAAACCCCAGGACUGGCAUUCCUUAUGAUGGAGUGGCGCCGACCAACUUAACGGGGAUUAAGAUUUCAGCAAUUCGACUUGUGCACCAUAGCUUAAGGACUAGAGGAGUAGUCCCAGCAUAUAAAGAGUUUGAGAUUCCUGUUGGUGUUGUUGAGCGGCGGCCCUAUGUGAAGAGGCUUGUUUUGGUCUACCAAAACUUGGGCAAUUGGUCAACAGUCUACUAUCAUUUACCCAAUUACACAUAUUUAGCUCCAGUUUUGGGUCUCCUUGCUUACGAUGCAUCAAAUUUAUCUGCCAAACAUUUGCCUGAACUGGAUAUUAGGGCAUCUGGUAAACCCAUAUCAAUCAUCUUUUCAGAUGUGAAAUCUGUGCCCAAUGGUUCAGUUCCAAAAUGCGUUUGGUUUGAUUUACAUGGGCUUGUCAAUUUCAGUGAUGUUGUAUCUGGGAAUGGAUGUUCAACCUUCCAACAAGGGCAUUUCUCUAUUGUGGUCGAGUCUACUGCCCCUUCCCCUGCACCUCCUCCAAAUGAGGGUCCUCCAAUGCCAACUGGUGGAGGAAGUAAAGGAAGGAGCAAAAGCACAACGGUUGGCAUAAUUCUGGGGUCAGUGCUAGGUGGUUUAGCGUUGUUGGUUUUGUUGGUAUUCGUGGCACUCUGGGUGCAGAGGUGUACGCACAGGAGGAAAAUGCAACAAAUGGAAAAAGCUGCAGAAGCGGGGGAAACACUAUAUAUGACCUCAGUUGGAAACAUUAAAGCCCCAGCUGCAACAGUGACGCGAACACAGCCGAAAAUUGAGAUUUCCUGGCAACUGAUAUUUGUGCCAGAGUGCAAACUUUUGCGACUCAGUGACAUUCCCCAAAUGGGUAGUAUUGGUUGGGGUGAAUUCAACGAUAGAUGGCUUGGACAUUUUCUGGGAUAUUUUGCUGGUUACUCCUCGAGCAACAUGUUUGUGCACACAACUGAGCAUCAGCUGCUAUCUUCAACUGCAGAUUGUGGAGCCUCAGAAUGA